GGGGGGUCUUUCCUCUGCAACCUACAAACACACACAACGACCCAACACCGCCUCUGCUGCCUCUCCUGUUCCAGUCCAGUGGGUGAGUUAGGGCAGAGAAUGUUGCAGUAGGGAAAGAGAGAGAGAGAAACUGCAGCAUCGCAUUCUACAGCAGCAGUCCCGAGCAGUGCAGGUGAGAGGGGGAAACCAAAGGAGAGGGAAGAGGAGGAGGAGGUGCAAAUUGAGAGAGAGAGAGAGAGAGAGAGAGAGAGAGAAUGCGGGACUCUUGGAAAAAGACGCAUCUUCACUCGCUCCAUUAGCGACAUCCCGAGCAAGGAGCAGGCGAGGAUUAACGCGUAAUUGAUGCCCGCUUCAGCCGGUCAAGGAACAGCCUUGCUCGGUUACUUUUUGGAAUGCUUUGCAUGUGAUAAAGUGGCCGCGGGAACAACUGCUGCCGUCCCCUUCCAAGUUGCGCGUCGGGAUCCCAUGGCUUGGCACGGAAACAAAGCAAAGGCAUCCGCCGGCUCUUCAGCACCUUGGAUUUCUAUAUGAAUAUAUCACGUGGUUUGAAGAGCCCAGCAAUAGAAGUUGAAAAAACAGGAGAGUAAAGGAAGUAAUAAGACAUCAGUCAAUCAGUAGCAAAGAGUGUCAGUCAGAAGGGAGAAAGACAAAAUCCAACACCCACGCUGUGGGCUCCAACACUUCACUGAAGGAAGAAGAGGCAGGCCAGCCUGUGAUUCAAGAGGCAAAACGGUGCGGACGGAGCCAUGCGUAGACUCGGCGCAGUGCACUCGUCGGCGCGGGCUCUCGGCCUCGUGGUCUUACCGCUGCUGCAGCUGCUGACUCAGCUGCCGGGCGCACGCUCGGCUCUCAGGUACCGGGUGGCGGAGGAGGGCCCUCCCGACGUCAAGAUAGGCAACGUGGCCGCAGACCUGGGCCUCACGGCGGGUACGGGCAGCGGGGACGUCACCUUUGCCCUGGAGAGCGGCUCAGAGUUCUUCAAGAUCGACAACGUGACCGGUGAGCUGACGACGGGGCCGAGGCGCAUCGACAGGGAAAAGAUGCCCCAAUGCCAGAUGAUUUUUGACGAAAAUGAGUGCUUCUUGGACUUCGAGGUGUCCGUGAUCGGCCCCCUGCAAAGCUGGGUGGACUUGUUCGAAGGCCGUGUAGUCAUAACGGAUAUCAAUGACAACACUCCGUCCUUCCCCUCACCGGUGCUCCAGCUCUCGGUGGAGGAAAAUCGUCCAAUAGGCACGCUUUACCUGCUCCCCACUGCUACGGACAGGGACUUUGGACGAAACGGUAUCGACCGCUACGAGCUGAUCCAAGAAGCCGCAGCCGUGUCGAGUUCGGCAAGACGCGCGGCGGGAGGAAGUCCCGUUGGUAGAGUCGAUGGGCUUGGGGAUAGGAGGGGUCGGAGUGGAGAUAUGGUGGGAGGAGCCAGGAGCACUGUGUUUGAACUCCAAGUGGCAGAUAUACCAGACGGUGAAAAACAACCUCAACUCAUUGUCAAAGGUAUGUUGGACCGCGAGCAGAAAGACUCAUAUGAACUGAUCCUGCGCGUUCGAGAUGGAGGGAACCCCCCGAGAUCCUCUCAAGCUCUGCUGCGCGUUUCCAUCACAGAUGUAAACGACAACAGCCCGCAAUUCGAAAGGCCCACGUACGAGGCAGAAAUGGCAGAAAACGCACCUCCGGGAACACCGGUACUCCAGGUGAGGGCUUCAGACCGUGACAUUGGCGUGAACGGGCAGGUGGAGUACGUCUUUGGAGCGGCCACAGAAUCGGUCAGGCGGCUGCUGCGACUGGACGAGGCGACCGGAUGGCUGAGCGUCCUGCACAGAAUCGACAGGGAAGAGGUGGCCCAGCUGCGGUUCACGGUGGCGGCUCGGGACAGGGGUCAGCCGCCGCGCAGCGACCGAACCACCGUCAUUUUGGCAGUCCGUGAUGAAAACGACAACGUCCCGGUUGUAGAGAUUCGAAAGAUCGGGCGAAUCCCAGUGCGAGAUGGAGCAGCACUGGUACCUGAGAACGUUCUUGUAGACACACCGGUCGCUCUGGUUCAGGUUUCGGACCGAGACCAAGGAGAAAACGGGGCUGUGACCUGUACAGUUGUAGGGGAUGUCCCGUUCACUUUGAAGCCGGCUGGUGAAACAGCUCUCCCGCCCUUACCUGCAGAUGAAGCUUUUGACAGGAACAAGAAAAAAUUCUUCCUGCAUACCUCAGCCCUGCUGGACUACGAGGUCACCAAAGAGUACAGCGUCACCAUUGUGGCUGUAGAUUCCGGAAGCCCAAGUCUGUCCAGCAACAGUUCACUGAUGGUGCGAGUUGUCGAUUACAACGACCAUCCCCCAGUCUUUGCCCAAAGUGUAGCGGAGGUCCACUUUGCAGAAAACAACUCCCCCAAUGAGAGGGUCGUCACUGUGGUGGCCACAGACGCGGACAGCGGCAAGAAUGCAGAGAUUGCAUAUUCCUUGGACCCUGUUGCAAACGGGCCAUUUUUUAUCGAUCCGGAUAACGGAGAUAUCCGUGCCACUGGCGUCCUGGACAGGGAGCAGAGAGAGAGGUACGAACUCAAAGUUAUUGCCAAGGACAAGGGCACCCCGCCUCUCCAGGGUUCAGCGACUGUUGUUAUUCAGGUGACCGACCGCAAUGACAAUGCGCCAAAGUUUGUCCAGGAAGUUUUUACAUUCUACGUCAAAGAAAACCUGCUUGCCAACAGCCCAGUUGGCAUGGUGACCGUGACGGAUGCUGACGAAGGUGAGAACGCAGAACUCACCCUCUUUGUAGAAAUGGAUGGGCUGGAUGAGAAGAAGUCAGGGGAGAAAACUGUGGGGGACAAUGGAGAGGAGGAGCAAGAGGAGGUGUUCUCCAUCGAGAACAACACCGGCACCAUCUUUUCCACUUUGUCGUUUGACCGUGAGAAGCUUUCCACCUACACCUUCCGUGUACGUGCGGUAGACGGAGGAGAGCCUCGCAAAACUGCCACAGCUACCGUGUCGCUCUUUGUGACCGAUGAGAACGACAAUGCCCCCGCCAUCACAUCUCCGGCCAACGAGUCCUAUACGCUGCUCCCACCUGCAAGCAGUGCCCGCACUAUAGUCCGAACUGUGACAGCCAUAGACUCGGACACGGGUCCAAAUGCAGACCUCCGCUAUGCCUUGGUAGGGGGGAAUCCCUUCAGAUUGUUCGAGAUCGGCCACUCCAAUGGCGUGAUCACGCUGGCGGAGCCGCUGGAGCGGCGCCACAAAGGUCUGCAUCGCCUGGUGGUCAGGGUCAACGACAGCGGGACCCCUUCGCUGUUCGCCACGGCGCUGGUCCACGUCUUCAUCAACGAGAGCUUGGUCAACGCCUCCCUGGUCGACGCGCAGGUGAGCCGAAGCUUGUUAGCUCCACUAUCGCUGGACAUCGCGGGGGACCCAGACAGCGAGCGGGCAUUAGGUAAACAGCGCCUCAGCGUCGCCAUCGGCGUUCUGGCGGGGGCCGCGGCCGUCAUCCUGGUCAUCCUCCUCGUAGUCACUGCGAGGCAGUGCGGCGCUCAAGGCAAGAACGGCUACGAAGCUGGUAAGAAGGAGCCGGAAGAAGAUUUCUUCAGCCCGUCGGGGGCCCAACCGCAGGUUGGCCGCGGCGGCGGAUCGGACCGAGGCCGCAAAGCUCGGCGGGACAAGCGCAACAUAACCGGCGGUGGCACAGCGGCCGGCGCCGUCAAAUCAGACAGGUCGCUCUACAGCGGUAUUGUCACCGUAAACGGGCUUCGCCGCCACGCCAACGAGGAGGAGGAGGAGGAUAUUAGCAGCGCGAGUGAGCGCCUCGCAGCCCGCUACUGCGCCGUGGACGGUGACCCCGGCAGCCCGAGGAUGGGCGGCGGCAGGCGGCAUCAGUCCAGUCCGGAUUUGGCCAGGCACUACAAAUCCAGCUCGCCUCUCCCUGCAGUCAAUCUCCAGCCGCAAUCCCCUCCAGCUGAAGGGAAGAAGCAUCAGGCGGUGCAGGAGCUGCCGCCCUCCAACACCUUUGUGGGCAGCGGGGGCUGCGUGGGGAGCACCGGCUCCAGCAGCAGCAGCGGAAACGGAGACGCCAUGUCCCUGGGUUCAGACCAGUGCUCGGAGUAUGGGUGCCAAACUGGGAACAAGUACAACAAACAGGGGACCCUUCGUCGGGUGACCUUCUCGGUGGUGAGCCAGGCCCAGGACGCCGGUUGCUAUGACAGCGGCCUGGAGGAUUCGGAGACCCCUAGCAGCAAGAGUUCAUCAGGGCCGCGGUUGGGAGCCCUGCCGCUGCCCGAGGAGGGUUAUGAGCGCACCACACCCGAGGGCAGUGUAGGGGAGGAGGAGCAUGUGGAGAAUGAUGCCAGGCAGCUGCCAGAUGUGGCGCUAACCGGAAAGUGUACACGGGAGUGUGAUGAGUUCGGCCACUCGGACACUUGCUGGAUGCCCGUUCACCCGUCCCCUCGCCAGCGCCAACGCCACGGCAGCGACCCCCCGCGCCUCUCCACCUUCGCCCCCGGUGACGACAACAACAAUCUGCGCAGAAACGACCACGCGAGCGACAGCGAGAGCGCCGGCAGCACCGGGAGCUCGGAACCGGGGGCGGUCACGGCGGGAGAAGGUCAGAGGUUACCGCUAGUCAACGGCGAUGCUCUGGGCACCCUGGGAAGAGCCAACAAGAACGUGGGCGACCACAAUCGGAACCUUCUCAACCGCAAGAUGACCUCGGCGUCGUACGACACCUUCAGCAGCGCUGGCUUCGGGAGGCGCCGUCAAGAUGAGGAAGGAGGAGAAGCAGGCCAGAACCCGGCGGAGGUCAUCCCGCUGACCCGGACAGGAGCGGACUACAAGACUACGUCCUGCCUCACCUUGUCACGCCGUGAAGUCUACCUGUGACCUACCCCCACGCAGCCGUCGCUCCAGCGGCCCGCCGGCCGGCCGCCGCCGCCGCAUCCCGAGGACUUUGUAGGAUGGGAAAACGUUGCUUGGUUUCCCGAAAGUUGUACAUGCAUUUGAAACUUCUGGAUUCAAAUAUUUAUAGCCACUUAAACUUCAGCCAGUGAUAGAUCAACUAUUUUGAGAGCUCCUGCCAGGAGUACUUUCCUUUCAAAAAGAAACAAAACAAGAAAAAAAAGAAAAAAAAACGAGUGAAAAUUGCCUGCAGGCAAAGAUUUUAUUACGCCCAUGUGGGGGAGGAACACUUCAUCUCCUCUUUUUUUUUUUUUUACCUGAACCCAAUGCAUGCCUGACCUUCUGCCACUGAGGCCACUGUGUGAAGAAUAGAGAGCGUGAACCCGAGAGAGAGAGAGAGAGAGAGAGAGAGAGAGAGAGAGAGAGCGAGAGACUGAGUAAAUCACGACGCCAUAAAGGCUUCAGGACAAAAUCAAACUUUUAAGACUCAACCGUCAAACAUUCAGUCUCGUCCAGUCAGAUUCGAUAAGUACGAAAACACAUCAACUGGGGCAUUCGGUCUUCUUCUUUUUCCACGUUUAUUAGCGCCACACUGGAAAGGAAAAAAAAUGAGAAGAAAAAAGUUGUUGAAGUAUAAAAGCAUCAUAGUACCAGAGACGUGUGAUGUUUCAAGAAUAAAGUCAUCGUGUUACAAUAAAACUGUUGUAAUAUUAAAACUGUAGGAGAACAAGCGUACAGGGUUAAAAAAAAAAAAAAGUACAAAAAUAUUGCAAAGGUACUAGAAUAAGGUCGUAAUAUUAUAAAGUUCUAAAUAUUAUAAAGUUCUAAAUAUUAUAAAGUCGAAAAAGUUUUGAGAAAAAACGAGAAAAGGAAAAAGUGAAUUUGUCAUUUUAAUGCGGAAAUUCGUACAUGCAACAGUGUGAGACCAACAUCCGCCGUCUCUUUGUAUAUUUGUCAGAUAAUAUCAUCGGAUAAAUAUAGCUAAAUAAAAAAGGUUAAUGAUUGUACAAGCUCAAGCAAUUAAGUGAUUUCAGUGAGGUUAGUUGUUUCUCAGGAACAGGCAGUCACAUUAAACUGCAUCGUCCGAGAAAAUGAAGACUUUUUUUGUAACAUUAUCGCUUUAUUCCAAUAAAAAUGGAUGUUUUCCCAUAAUAUUACAACAUGUUAUUCCUGUAAUAAUGUGACUUUAUUCUUCUUGAGCCUCUUUUUUUUUUUUUUUUUUUUUUUUUGCUGUGGUCCUAAUCGUGUGUUGUUCGUUAUAAGGUACAAGUACAUUCAAAUACCUUGAGGAGUACUUCAUUUUGACAGCUUGGAGACGUACCUUGUACCUUGACGGAUAAAAAUGGACUCCAACUGUACUAUUACGUCGGACUUUGUACCAAUGAAUAAGUGUACAGGAAUAUUAAUGAUGAUCUUAAUGAUCCUUAAUGCAGGUUCGCCUUUAUUUAUAAUAGCAGAGUGCAACAAUGUGUCGUUGUUUUUUUUUUUUUUUAUGAUACAAUGUAACCACUCAGAACACACGGCAUCAAUAGUAUCAUAGCGUGUUUAACAUAUUGCCUUGGCAUCCAGCCUGUAUGUAUAGAAAGUAUGUAGAACAAAGCAGCAUUCUACACUCACCUACUUGACCCCGCGUGUGCGUGAGCACGCCAACACACGCCAGCUUGACAAAGCCACGCAAAAGCGUUUCGGCGUUCUGGAAUACAUUUGCGCACGUUUCAGUGAAGUUGUAACAUAAAGACGAUGGGCAUUCGCUUUCAUGCGGGAACGAGCACGCUCGCAAGUGGAACACUUAACGCCUGAUCCCCUCCAGCCAAUAUUUCCAAAACAUCAAAUGUAUUUAAAUCUCAUCCAGCGCCAUUCAAGGGAUUUCCAUCUACUGUAUGUAACACAUUAGCCAACGUGCAGAUAAGACAUAUUCAGCAUAGUGUAAGUAGGUCUCGUAGGGGAAAAGGACUCCAAAUAAAAGCUGACUCUGCAUGAAAGAUAAUGCUAACCACUUCUUUGCUCUUUAAAAAACAGGGGGGUAGAAAACCACAAGCCUUUUUUGGGAUAACAUGGAUACAUCUGUAUUUUAACUGUGUGCUUAUGGGGAAAUGUUGGCAGUUGGACUGGUGACAUCUUGAAAUCUUAUUUUAGAAUUUCUUUUACCGAAUGGUGCCGACCGGAGCGUGCCCGCUUUCCUGCGCAUGAACUGGCUCGUCCUUGCCACGCAGGAGCGGCUGUGGAUCGAGGCCAGCACAUCUUAAUUGCCGUCAUCAGCGUGCGGGUCGGGAUAAUAGGUUUCGCACGUCCCUCCGGUCUUAAUGAGUUCCUUUUCUGGCUCUUCUCCUCCCUUGAUCUCCACAUAUCUUGUUAUGAGCGUCUCAAUAUGUGAACAUAAGCGGAAAUUGUCGGGUCUCCUCGUUGUUCUGGAAACGUGGGCUUUUCCAAGGUUGUGCCGCAGUUUAGAUAAGAUUCCAACAGAGGAUGACAAGUGUCUUGAUAUGGAACAGCAGGAAAUACAAUGAUAACAUCAAAGUUGACACUUUGUAUAUAUGUAUAUACCUUCACCUUGACAAAUAUGUGACGGACACCCCCGAGCUCCAGUUUCCUUCCCGGAGUCAUCUUUAUCUCCAAAUCUUCUGAGCUUUUGCCCUGAUGGACUGAGGCGCAAUCAAUCUACUGACAUGGGCCCAGGAAUGAUCUCGUGACGGAAAAGGUGAUGAUGGACUUGCCCCGACUCUGCUCUUUUAAGGCAGUUUCAUUAUUGCACCUUUCAAGAGAGCUUACUGUAAAUGAUUCCGUUUGGGUGUGUAUCUUUUUUUGAUAAUAUACUGCACGUUUAAACAUGUUUCACUACUGCAAAAACAAGCGGGGGGACAGACUAAUGAGACAUUUUGUCAGAUAAGACAGCGGACAUCUGUCGUCGCCCUUGUGCUGUUUCUCUUAUAGCCAUGUACAGAUGAAACUACACUGUAGAACACACAAGUGGAUCCCGUUAAGGACAAUGGCAUGCUUAAGCUCUUCAAAUCUGCACUUACGAUGAACAAAAAAAAAAGAUAAACGGGAGGAAGAAUUUUUGCUCUUAUAAUUUUUCUCCUCUAGGUUUUCUUUUCCUACGCGCGUUUCACUGUUUUUUGCUGUUCCCUUCCUCUUAAUGACAUAAGAACUAAUUGCAUUUGCUAUGGCGAGGAUGAAAAGGACCUGUCGGCACACAGUUUGGUAUGAAGACAAAUCCUGUAAGUUUGAAUUUGACAUUAAAAACGUCAAACACUCA